AUGGCUGACAUUAACGUUGAUGUCUUGGUUAUCGGCGCUGGCCCGACCGGUCUUGGUGCUGCGAAGCGCCUGAACCAGAUUAACGGCCCCUCAUGGCUGCUUGUCGACUCCGCCGAGAAGGCCGGUGGUCUUGCCGGCACUGACACCACCCCCGAGGGCUUCCUCUACGAUGUUGGUGGCCACGUCAUCUUUUCCCACUACAAGUACUUCGACGACUGCAUCGAGGAGGCGCUCCCCAAGGACGAUGACUGGUUCACGCACCAGCGCAUCUCCUACGUCCGCUACAAGGGCCUCUGGGUUCCCUACCCCUUCCAGAACAAUAUCUCCAUGUUGCCCAAGGAGGACCAGGUUAAGUGCAUGAACGGUCUUAUCGACGCUGCCCUUGAGUGCCGUGUUGCCAACACCAAGCCCAAGGACUUUGAUGAGUGGAUUCUGCGCAACUGUGGUGAGGGUGUCGCCGACAUCUUCAUGCGGCCCUACAACUACAAGGUCUGGGCCGUCCCCACGACCAAGCUCGUCACCGAGAACGUCGUCCUGAACAAGGUCGCCGGCAACUGGGGCCCCAACGCCACCUUCAAGUUCCCUGCCCGCGACGGAACCGGUGGUAUUUGGAUCGCCGUUGCCAACACCCUCCCCAAGGAGAAGACGCGCUACGGCCAGAAGGGCACUGUCGAGAAGGUCGACGCCGACAAGAAGAUUGUCACUCUCGCCGACGGCACCACCGUCCAGUACGGCAAGCUCAUCUCGACAAUGAACGUUGACCAGCUUGUCGAGCGCAUGGGCAACCAGGAGCUCGUUAGCCUGUCCAAGGGCCUCUUCUACUCGUCGACCCACGUCAUCGGUGUCGGCAUCCGCGGCGAGCGCCCCGAGCGCAUCGGCGACAAGUGCUGGUUGUACUUCCCCGAGGACAACUGCCCCUUCUACCGCGCCACCAUCUUCUCCAACUACUCCCCCUACAACCAGCCCGAGGCCGGCAAGAAGCUGCCCACGCUGUACCUGGCUAACGGCCAGAAGGCCGAGUCGACCGAGGCCAAGGAGGGUCCCUACUGGUCCAUCAUGCUCGAGGUCUCCGAGUCCUCGAUGAAGCCUGUCGACCAGGAGAAGAUCCUCGAGCAAUGCAUCCAGGGUCUCAUCAACACUGAGAUGAUCAAGCCCGAGGACGAGAUUGUCUCCACCUACCACCGCCGCUUCAACCACGGCUACCCUACUCCCUCGCUUGAGAGAGAGGGUGUCCUCAAGGACCUCUUGCCCAAGCUCCUUGACCAGGGCAUCUACUCCCGCGGUCGUUUCGGCAGCUGGAGAUACGAGGUCGGCAACCAGGACCACUCGUUCAUGCUCGGUGUCGAGGCCGCCGACAACAUUGUCAACGGCGCCGUCGAGCUCACGCUCAACUACCCUGACUUCGUCAACGGCCGCAAGAACGAGGAGCGUCGUCUGGCACAGACUUUUGCCUUUGGCGCCCUGCCCACUCACAGCAAGUAA